AUGGUUUCAGAGAUGUCAAGUUCGAAUCCUACCAAUGGAGGUGCAGCUGCCAAUCUGCCGCGCACAUUCAAAUAUUUGCUAGCGACGCAGUUUCUGUCAAGGGGAAUCCCGUUCAUCUUCAACUCAUGGAUUGUCAGACACCUCUCUGAAGAAGAUUAUGCGGUAAUUGUUUCUUUUACAGCUCAAUUUUUAUGUUUUUCACGGAUUUGGAAGGCACUUCAUAAUGGUUCAGCAACAGGAGCAAAUGCUGCUAAACUGUUGAAAGUGGCCUGGAUGACUUUCCCGUUAGGGAUACUGGUGACAUUUGCAGCAUGUUUGUUUGUAUUCUGGUGGCAAGGCCUAAGUUACUCUAGUCCAUAUGGAAAAGCUAUUUUGAUCAAUGGUUUUGCAUGCAUAAUUGAGCUGCUGGCAGAGCCUCUUUAUAUUUUGUCCCAGAACUUGGUUCUGCUCAGGUUGCGUCUUAUAGUUGAAGCUGCAGCCACUCUUUUCCGCUGUAUUGUAACUUAUGUCCUCAUCUUGAAGCAACCGAGCCUGGAAAAAGCAAUUGUAUUUUCCUUGUCACAGGUUGCGUAUGGAGCAUCUAUUUUCUUAGGUUAUUGGGGCUACUUUCUUUUAUUUCGAGUUUAUAGAACAACCGUUCUGUUUCCAUUAAGGAUAGGGAGCAAAACAGGGUAUGACAGACCGCUUGCAAACAUGUGUAUGAUUUUCACACUUCAAUCCUUCCGAAAGUUGAUUCUUCAGGAAGGUGAGAAGAUGGUCCUUGUAUGGCUGGAUACACCAUAUAACCAAGCAGUCUAUGGGCUUGUGGACAAAUUAGGAAGCUUGGUUGUGAGGCUGGUUUUCCUUCCUUUCGAAGAAAGUUCCUAUGCUACUUUUGCAAGGUCUGCAUCAGGUGAUUACAAAGAGAAAAAGAGGAACCUGGCAAGGAGUCUGACUGAUGCGCUGAAGCUUGUUUUGCUGAUAGGUUUGGUUGUGAUCGCAUUUGGUCCAAGCUACUCUUAUUCUCUCAUAAGGUUGCUAUAUGGUAGGAAAUGGAGUGAUGGAGAAGCGUCAACCGCACUCCAGUGUUAUUGCCUUUAUGUGAUUGUGUUAGCCAUGAAUGGGACAUCAGAAGCAUUUUUGCAUGCUGUCGCAGAUGAGAAGCAGCUGAAACAGUCGAAUGACUCACUGCUUGUCUUCUCAAUGAUUUACCUAAUCUUGAACGUCGCACUUAUAAGAACAGCAGGUGCAAUUGGACUAAUAAUCGCAAAUUCUUUGAACAUGAUCUUCAGGAUAAUUUAUUCAACAAUUUUCAUCAAAAAAUAUUUCAAGGACUACUCGUUCUCCUUUAGGGCUUGCUGGCCCAGUGGCUCCCUACUUCUGCUGGUCUCAGGUGUAGCCACUUUCAUCCUCGAAAGAGUAUAUCUUAACAAAGAUAACUUCUGGUCCACCUUUACAGUCCACUUGUCCUUCGGGUUGGCAUGUUUCAGUGUAUCAGCUUUUGUGAUAUAUCAGAAAGAGAAGACAUUUAUUAACAAAAUCGUACGUUUUCGGGAACAUGCUGAUUGA